AUGGGGAGCACCCUGGGCUGCCACCGCUCCAUCCCCAGGGAUCCCUCAGACCUCUCCCAUAACCGAAAGUUCAGUGCGGCCUGCAACUUCAGCAACAUCCUGGUGAACCAGGAGCGGCUCAACAUCAACACGGCCACGGAGGAAGAGCUGAUGACCCUGCCUGGGGUGACACGUGUUGUGGCCCGCAGCAUCGUGGAGUACCGAGAGUACAUUGGAGGUUUCAAGAAGGUGGAGGACCUGGCACUGGUGAGUGGUGUGGGCGCCACUAAGCUGGAGCAGGUCAAGUUUGAGAUCUGUGUGAGCAGCAAGGGCAAUUCUGCACAGCAUUCUCCCAGCUCCUUAAGGCGAGACCUCCUGGCUGAGCAGCAGCCUCAUCACCUGGCAACUGCUGUGCCUCUCACCCCACGUGUCAACAUCAACACAGCUACCCCAGCUCAGCUCAUGAGUGUGCGAGGCCUGACAGAGAAAAUGGCCCUCAACAUCGUGGACUACCGCCGGGAUCAUGGGCCGUUUCGCAGUGUGGAGGACCUAGUGAGGAUGGAUGGUAUCAAUGCUGCUUUCCUGGACAAAAUUCGGCACCAGGUGUUUGCUGAGAGGUCCAGGCCCCCAUCCACCCAUACCAAUGGGGGCCUAACCUUCACGGCCAAGCCUCACCCCAGCCCUACCUCUCUGAGUCUGCAGAGUGAGGACCUAGACCUGCCCCCAGGGGGGCCCACACAGAUUAUUUCCACUCGGCCUUCGGUGGAGGCCUUUGGCGGCACGAGGGAUGGGCGGCCUGUGCUGAGGCUGGCCACCUGGAACUUGCAGGGCUGCUCGGUGGAGAAGGCCAACAACCCGGGGGUGCGAGAGGUGGUGUGCAUGACACUCCUGGAAAACAGCAUCAAGCUUCUAGCUGUGCAAGAACUACUUGACAGAGAGGCCUUGGAAAAGUUUUGUAUGGAGCUCAACCAGCCGAUCCUGCCCAACAUCCGCAAGUGGAAGGGGCCCCGGGGAUGCUGGAAGGCCAUCAUCACUGAGAAACCCUCGAGUCAGCUCCAGAAGGGCGUGGGAUACUCGGGUUUCCUGUGGGAUUCUGCAGCUGGGAUAGAGCUGAAAGACAUCCCCUUGCAGGAGAGCACGCCAAGCAACGGGCACGGAAAGGCCAUGCAUCCCAGCCCUUACCUCGCUCACUUCAAGGUGGGAAGUAAUGACUUGACCCUUGUUAACCUUCACCUGGCAGCCCUGACCCUCCUGGGGGCUGAGAAUCUGAGCAAGAAUCCCAGUGAUGGCCUCCGCCUGGCCAGCUUUGCACAGACACUGCAGGAGACCCUGAAAGGAGAAAAAGAUGUGAUUAUUUUAGGGGAUUUUGGUCAAGGGCCAGAUAGCAGUGACUAUGACAUCUUAAGGAAGGAAAAAUUCCACCACUUGAUCCCCGCCCACACCUUCACCAACAUCAGCACCAAGAAUCCUCAAGGCUCCAAGUCUCUGGACAACAUCUGGAUCAGCAAAAGCUUAAAGAAGCUUUUCACAGGUCACUGGGCUGUAGUGAGAGAAGGUCUCACAAACCCAUGGAUUCCAGACAACUGGUCCUGGGGCGGAGUGGCUUCUGAACAUUGCCCCGUGCUAGCCGAAUUUUAUACCGAAAAGGACUGGAACAAGAAGGAGGUCUCUCGGAAUGGCAGCAGCGUCACACUGGAGCGAAGUGAAGCCAACAUUAAGCACGAGCGAUGA